AUGCUUGGGGCUAUGAAGAAAAGUGGCAAAGAAAUUUUUUUAAUAGAUGGAUUUCCACGUAAUAAAGAUAAUGUUGACCGAUGGAAACAAGCUAUGGAUGGAAAAGUUAAUGUUCAAUGUGUUCUCUUUUUUGAUUGUGAUGAAAAGACUUGUGUUGGUCGAUGUUUGGAACGUGGUAAAGGAAGUGGACGAACCGAUGACAAUGAAGAAAGUUUAAAGAAACGUAUUGUUACAUAUAAUAAUUCAACACGACCGGUAAUUGAAUUCUAUGAAAAAGAAAAUUUAGUAAAACAUAUUGAUGCUUCAAAUGAUGUUGACAAGAAAUUGGGAAGGUUUUUAAAACAUGGAUUUAAAGGUGCUAUUCUUGCCCUUCCAUUUCUUACAACUUUUAUGGAUAAAAUAGCAACAAUAUCACUUGUUGAUGGUACUUUAAUGCAGCCUCUGCUUAAUCCGACUGAUUUGCAUAGUGAUUGGAUCUUAAUAAAACGAUGGCAUAUGGAUGACUAUUUUUUACAAAAAGGUGCUAUUAUAUCAUUUGAAUCUCCUCGUCAACCAGGUAUUUUUAUGAUCAAACGUGUAAAAGCAUUAGAAAAUGAAAUGAUUUAUGAUACAAUAAAACAAAAAGAAACACAAGUACCAAAAGGACAUGUAUGGGUCGCAGAUGAUAAUAAACGUGCAAGUUAUGAUAGUCGCCAUUUUGGUUAUAUUGCUCGAGGUUUGAUAACUGGACGAGCGUUGUAUGUUAUUUGGCCACCAAAACGUUUUGGUACUAAGUUAACACUAUUCAACGACGAUGAUGAUGAUGAAUAA